GUUUACUAUUUUAUUUGUAAUAAUUCAGCUGUAGUUGUUACUUGUAUUUUCUAUUAAUCCUCCUUAGUUUUGUGGUAUACUUGUCAAUUUCAUAUGGAGUUGCAAAGUUAUUAAUAACAUUAUAGCUUUAGGUUAUGGGGACUCAAGUUAAUAAGCACAAUAAACUUCUUGUACUUCGUAUUUCCUAUGAAAUUGUAGCCUUGUAAACAAUUAAAAUAUAUAUUUUUAAUUUUUUUUAAUAGACGUGUAUCAUUAAAGGGUCUAACUGGUACAAGCUAUUUAUUACAUAUUUUUGCAGCGAGUUAGACUGCGUACUUUUGAUUGGUUUACCAAUCAUGUUAAUCUGAGUAAUGAAUGAAAUGGUUAUGAAUUGGUAUGGUAAUUGCCAAUUGCAUACAGUUGUUUUUUAAGAUUAUACUACCUCUGUUUCACAAUGAUCUUAAGAUAUACUAUUUGCACAAAUAUCAAACAAAGGAAAGAGUGUGUGUAAAAGUUGAUUGUAUGAGAAAAAGAUGGAUAAAGUAAGAUAGAGUGUCUAAAAAGGUGGGUGAGUGUAAGAAAAAAGGUGGAUAAAGAAAUAGAGAGCGAAUGAAAAAGUGUAAAUGCUGUGCGGUAAGAUAGUGAAUAAGAUCUACCAAAAACAGAAUAAAGCACCAUGUUAAGAGUUUUUAAAAAGGGACCCAAAUGGCAAAUGUUAAAAUCGCUGUGAAAUGAAGAUAGUACUAGUUAGAGGCUAGGUUAUGUUAUUUUGACUUCCUUAGAGUUGACAUAUCCUGCAUAGGGUGAUUGUUAUUGUUUAUAAAUUAAGUAGUAUAAAGUGCGUGAUAGUUAAUUUGGGGGUUUGUUUCUUUUGGUUUGUCUGUUUUGUCACCCUUUCUUUUGAGAUUGUUGAACUCUGCACCUUAUUCUCUCUAGUUGUUUUAAAUGCUAUCUCCGUCAAGUUGUGCUACACUUUUAUUCCUUUUAUAUUCUCAAUCACCUUUUUCGUUUCUAUAUGAACCUUCAGUGGUUUCUGCUUCUUGUUCAUUUUAUGUUUUCUUGUUGAGGAACUUCCCUUAUAAAGGUAUCUCUAGUGAAGUUUCUUGCAUUUGUUUCCGAGAGAAGAUGGCUGCAAAUGAUGUGCCUUGCUGUGAAACCAUGUUUUGGGUUUAUCUGAUCAUAUGUGUGGCUCUAGUGUGCUUUGCUGGUCUUAUGUCAGGUCUUACCCUAGGGCUCAUGUCUCUUAGCCUAGUUGAUCUUGAGGUUCUUUCAAAGUCUGGCCAGCCCAAGGACAGGAGAAAUGCAGAGAAGAUUUUGCCUCUUGUUAAAAAUCAGCACUUGUUACUCUGCACCCUCCUCAUAUAUAAUGCCAUGGCAAUGGAGGCUUUGCCAAUUUUCCUUGAUGCGCUUCUCCCUGCGUGGGCUUCCAUAUUGAUAUCAGUCACUCUUAUACUUGCGUUUGGAGAGAUAAUUCCCCAAUCCAUUUGCUCUCAGUAUGGACUAAGUGUGGGUGCAAAACUUUCUGUUCUGGUCCGUGUACUUGUCAUUCUACUGCUACCCAUUUCUUAUCCUAUCAGCAAGCUGUUGGACUGGUUGCUAGGCAGAGGCCAUUCUGCUUUGCUAAGACGCUCAGAGCUGAAAACUUUUGUGGACCUGCAUGCCAAUGAGGCAGGCAAAGGUGGGGAAUUGACUCAAGAUGAAACCACUAUCAUUGGUGGAGCUUUGGAUCUAACAACAAAGACUGCUAAAGAUGCUAUGACUGACAUGUCUAAAGUAUUUUCCCUUGAUGUAGAUGCUAAACUUGACAAGGACACAAUGGAGCUGAUAAUGAGGGAGGGGCACAGUCGAGUGCCUAUUUACUCUGGCUGCCCUUCAAAUAUCAUAGGCCUUAUUUUGGUAAAAAAUUUGGUUGUUUGCCGACCUGAAGAUGAAACUCCUAUAAGAAAUCUCACUAUUAGAAAGAUCUCCAGAUUCUACGAUCACUUGCCACUGUAUGAUAUACUGAACCUAUUUCAAAUGGGUCAUAGUCAUAUGGGUAUAGUUGUGAGGAAACAAGGCGUGAAAGAUAUGUCAGAUGCUACAUCCAAUUCUGCAAUAUCUGUGAUGAAGACGAAUGCAAUCUCAAGACCUGAACAAUCAGGAAAAAAAGGGGUAAAUCAUCAAAACCAUAGAAAAGAUCAAAAGAAAACAUCAAGGAACACAUCCAUUGUGCAUUCAACUAAAACUGGACCUCAUAGUCUUCCAAUGCUUGAUGCCAUGGAGCUAGGAAAAAAUGUAAUUCUGCAUCACGAAGAUACUAUACUGCAGGUACCUGAUCUAGAUUCUUGCCCCGAUCCCAGUGAAGAAGUUAUUGGUAUCAUCACAAUGGAAGACGUGUUGGAGGAAUUGCUGCAGGAGGAAAUUUUUGACGAGACUGACGAUUAUGUCGAUGUACACAACAGGAUACGGAUAAAUAUGUUGCCUGUCAUAAGAUCAGCUCCAAGAUCUGCUGGAGCCACACCAGUUUCUCAUCUGAGUCAGAGUCCAGUUGCAUCGCCUUUUUCCUCAUAUCAUAAUACUCCAAUCCUGCAGUCUCCAACACAAGCAUUUAUUCCAUCUCCCUUGAUUAGACCAUCUCUAUUAAGCUCUCCGAUGAGAUCCAGACUACCUUCUCCCUCUACUAACUCGGGUAGUCCUAUGCGUACUUCUCCACUGAGGCAGGUAGCAACUAAUUCAUAUGAGAAGCUGCGGCGUUGAUCAUGUAUUUUUAGAGAACAUGCUGGCCCACACGUAUUAUGCGUCUUUUUUUAUGUACUGAUUUGUAUCUGUAUAGUACAGAACCAAGGACUCCCACAUAUUGUCAAUGUAUGGUAUUUUUGGGAUGCCUUUCUGAACUUGAUAUAUGAAUAUCAUCUGACUGUCAAAGGAGAA